AUGGACGCUGCAGCAGCGGCGUGUUGGGCCGUCUACCUGGACGACAGGGUCGACCAGGAGCGCUGGAUAGAACGAGACGGCGAGCAGCUGCCGGAGUCCGCUGAGCUCGCUGCCAACCUCGCUCGCAUUCUCGCCAUCUGCAGACAGGUGUAUGUGUGCAACUCGGGCAAGUCGUUCGCUACCAAGGUCGCAGAGCUGACGGAUGCCGGCCGCGAGGAGGGCGACUCGGACGCUGCCAUCGUGCCCGUCCUCGCAUUCAUUGAUAUCGCCGUCUCGGGCGACGCAGAGUCCUCUCACAUCCGCCGCCACGGGCACGGUCAAGCCUCCGCCGUCUCGCCGUCAACCUCAACCUCCAGACGCAGCCUUGCAUUCUCCUCCGAGUCCGAAGAGCUCUUUGGGCUCCACCUGCUCUCGCGCUUCUCCGCAGACAUCCAGGCCCGUGAGACGCCUCACGCAAUCAUACCAAUCGCUAUAUUGCGGAACGUCCAGCCCCAGCCAUCGCCGUUUUCCUCCGCUCUACUCCUGCGCAGCGGGAAGCAUGUCGAGGCUGCGCCAAAGCCAAGCUCCCGCCGGCCGGAUGACCGACAGAUAAGCCGUUGUCUCGAUGCUGGUGCCAUUGACGUUCUCGUCUCCCCCAUAGACCAGUCUAGAGUCCAUGGCCUGCUCACACAUGCAUACCGCAUCCGCAGGGCGGCGCAGAAGGAGAACAGUCGCUUCAUGGCCAACUCGGGACAGAAGAUGCGCAAGUACUCCUGGGUAGGCGUCAGCUCGACCGCAGAGGAUGAACGACCCUAUGCUUAUCUCAGAGAGGCCAUGGUCUCGAAAUUGAUGAAGAGGAUAUGUAAUCCUGAAGAAGCCCUCGACGACUCCCUGAUCAGUGACGUCUGUGUCUCAGACGAGCGCAAGGAGGAGGUCAAGGCGGCCAUUGCUGAAUGGCAUUUCUGUGCUCACGACUUUACCGAUGAUGAACUUUGCUAUGCUUCCUGUUUGAUGUUUGAACAUACCCUUACCAUGCCUGCCCUCGAGCACUGGCGCAUCUCUUCUGAAUCACUGCGGGAGUUUGUGCUUUCUUGUCGCGCGGCAUACAACUCCUUUAUACUCUACCACAACUUCCGCCAUGCAGUCGAUGUCCUCCAGUCGACCUUCCACAUCCUCGUUCGCGUAGGCGUCAUCCCGCCUUUCCCCCUCGGAAGCGAACGUCGUUCCUCCGGCACGGGAAUGUCAUGUCUCCUGACCCCGUUUGACGCCCUCGCACUCCUUGUCAUUGCUCUCGGUCACGACGUAGGCCACCCGGGAGUCAACAACAUGUUCCUAGUCAAGCUCAAUGCUCCCCUCGCCCAGCUCUACAACGACAGAUCGGUCCUCGAGGCCUUCCAUUGCGCUGCCUACUCCCAGAUAUUGCGCCGGCACUGGCCCUCGGUCUUUCAAGAUACAGAGAUGCGCACGCUUAUGAUUAGCUCCAUCCUGGCUACCGACAUGGGCAUCCACAAUCACUUCAUCGACGAGCUCGGUAAGCUCAGGGGUAGGUACGAAGCUGACGCCAGAAAGGUAGACUCCUGGAUCGAAAAGGAUGUCAGGGACUACCGUGUUCUCCUGUGCGCCUUGAUCAUCAAGUGUGCCGACAUUAGCAACGUCGCACGCCCGUUCAAGGUCGCAGAGCAGUGGACCGAUGUUCUGCAGCUGGAGUUUGCUAACCAAGGAGAAAUGGAGGUAAAUAUCGGCAUAGCGACCUCUCUCUUCGGCGGUCCGCCAGAGCUAGGCAACUUUAUCAAAAAGGCAAAGGGCCAGGUCGGAUUCAUGGACAUAUUCGGCCUGCCUCUCUUCGACGGAGUCACUGACAUCCUUCCCGACCUUGCCUUUGCCGCCAACACCAUACGGAGCAACAGGUUCAUAUGGGCCAAACUCAUGGAACAUGAAGAAGAAGUCGCCGCGCACCGCGCUAGAAACUGCGACACUCCGCGCUGUCAGGGCGCCGACCCGUCAUGGGAGGAAUACAGAAGGCGGCUGAUAGAAGAAGGCCCGGCGUCCAUGGGAUACACGAUCCAGCACCGCUCGCCGCCCCAGUCACCGAUUCGAUCCCCGCCCCAGCUAGACGGAGAAGCAGAUACGAACAGCAGCAUCCAGGUACCGUCGUCGGCAACUGCUGGGCCAGCGACUAACGUCUCCGUCAUCGUCAACGGUAUCCACCACAACCACCACAACCAACAUCAACACCAACACGCCCAUGCCAAUCGACAAUCCCAACGAUCAGCAGGCCGGUCAUCGGUCCAGAACACAGCCCGCACAAUUGACUCUGGCAGCGGCUGCAGCGGUAGUGGCGGUGGAGUACGCACCCAAAGCACAAGUACCUACACAAACAAUACACUAAUCACUCCGCUUUCUUCAACCACUCAGGCAAGCAGCGUCAUAAGCGUCGGAAGCAGCGUCGAGGAAAAAGACAGUACCUGUCAGUUACACCAGCGCCUCAAUCUAAAGCCAUCCUCCAUGAAUCAUGCUCGUCGUCGUGACCUUCAGCACCAGGCAAAGCCGGAUGAUGUUGCCGCUGCUUGUGGUGCCAGCACUACCACCGCCAGUAGCUAUACCUCCAGCCUUGCUCAGAACGAGAACGAGGAUGAACAUGAUCAUGAUGGCGUCCAUCAGAAUACUUUUGCUGACGAGAACCUGCCGUGUCCAGUCAACGCUUUACCCUGUACGACUGAUGGAGCAAGCAGCUACCAUCAUCCCCCGCAGACCUGGUAUGAGCGUGCUACCAACAGCAAGGCCGGCGAGAGGCGAUCAAAGUUCAUCAGCGGCCUGUUCGAGAAGGCCGGCUCCAACAACAGCAGCAACAUCAACGCUGCCAACACCAACAUUAACACAAACGGCAACCACCCAGCUGGCCUGACACUCUCGAAAUCCGCACAGUCAACGCCCACAGUACACAACAACAGCCAUCACCACCACGGCCAGCACACCCGCGGGCGACGUGGAGGCCCAACAAUAAUGAUCCCCUUUCCUCCCUGUCACCUAACCAUGCAACGGUACCACCACUUCCUCGACGCCGCUCCCGUCUACGGCUAG